GAUAUAUGGAUCUGAUAUAUCGAUAUAUAUCUUGACCAGCUUACAGCUGUUUUUCUUGAACGUGGGGUGGUACUAUGCACAGGUAUUUGCUGAAUAUAUCCUACAUUGGCACGAGCUUUCGUGGUAUUCAGAAGACUGUUAACAAGUCGGAGCAGCCCCGUCUGGACACCAACACGAUUCAGGGCUGCUUGGAAUUGGCUUUGCGCGUUUUUCGACCCACUAACGAUAUUCAAACGGUUCUCUCCAGUCGAACUGACGCAGGGGUACACGCUCUACACUCGACGGUUCACGUGGACCUGCAGCGCUAUGAUGGCCAGCCGUAUGAUACUGGAACCCUAACUGGUGUGCUUAACCGAACUCUCGACAAGCAAAGGCUUCCCAUCCGCAUACUGAGCAGCCAGGUGGUGUCAGACUCCUUCCACUGCCGCUACCACGCCACCGGGCGCACCUAUCUGUACCGAUUCGCUGUCUCGCGGAAUACUGGCGCAGUGGAAAGCGGAAAUCUCCGAAACAAGGGAUACGAGUCGUUUAUUCCAGUCGAGGAACUCGAUCGUUGCUAUUUCCUACAAUCCACGAGCUUCGAUAUUGAACGAGUCCGGAAUGCGGCGCGAAUGUUCAUUGGGGUCCACGACUUUCGUACCUUCAUGAGCGUAAGCCGCCAAAAAAGCCCGUCCCGUGAUCACCCUAGGUUUACGCUGCGCAAAAUCGACGACAUAAGCAUCCGUCCAGGAAGAGCUCUUGCUGUGGCUGGCAACGCCGCUCUGGCCGCGAAUUCCUACGACUACUGGGAGAUAGAGAUCCGUGCUAAAUCAUUUCUGUACAAGCAAGUAAGGCGCAUUGUUGGCACCCUGCUCGCCUUAGGCUGCGGGCGAAUCGACGAGAAAAGUGUUUACCAGAUGCUGACUAUUCCCUCGAAAAACUCGUGGGAUCACCGCGUUCUUCUGGCGCCUGCCUGCGGACUCUACCUCUGCCGUGUGCACUACCGGGAGGACAACUAGAAAGGAUGAUUUUGCUGUACGAGCUGCAAAAGCGUCUGGCCAGUCUGCGGCCAACCAACACAGUAGUCACUACGCCCACCGGUGCCCGUUUCAUCGAGCGUCGCACAUCCCCCACCGGCGACGAGGAGUCGCCUCAGCAGCAGCAGUUAGAGGCGCGCGCCUACGGUUUCGUGGUGGACACCAAGCCGGACACCGUGCCCGCAUGUAUCCUAAGUGAGUUUCUUUACCUCGGCUCUCAGGACUCCGUAAGCACCGAAAACGUGCUGAAGUUCAAAGUUACGCACCUCCUGAGUAUUGGCAUCGAAACGCCCAACGUAGAGCUUCCACCGACACUGAAAUGCAAGCAUCUACCCUGCUUGGACCUGCCUGAGACAGACCUCAUGCCCUACGUACUGCCCGUAUCUAUCGAAUUCAUCGACGAGGCCCGACGCUCGCGGGGCUGCGUGCUGGUCCACUGCAACGCGGGAGUUUCGCGUUCCGCUGCCGUUGUCAUCGGCUACCUGAUGCAGCGGCGAGACAUGGGCUACGAGGAGGCCUACAACUUGGUCAAGUCCUGGCGACCGUGCAUCCAGCCCAAUGCUGGUUUCGUGCAGCAGCUGAAGAAGUCUCUUAAGUAAAUUAUUGUAUUUCGGCGUGUAGCUUUUUUAGUGUGAUAAGCGCCUUUUGUUGCCAAAAAUAAAAUUGAACAAGAAUAUAGGAA